AGCGGAACGGCGGCGGGCGGGGCCGGCACUCCGAGGCCGCGUCUCCGGGAGCCGUGGUGACCGCAGCCCGCUGCGACGCAAGCCCGAGGAGAUUAACCGCCCGAGCGGCGGACGGGAGAGCGCGAGGAUCCCGCGCGAGCCCGGCACAGCCGGCGGGGGCGCACGGCCGCGGGGAUGGAGGACGGCUUGGCCGGGCCCCGGCUCGGGGCGGCGGCCGAGGCGCGAGCGCGGCCCGGGAUGACGCUGAGGCCCUUCGCGCCGUUCUCGGGGGCUGCCGAGGCAGACGAGGGCGGCGGCGACUGGAGCUUCAUCGACUGCGAGAUGGAGGAGGUGGACCUGCAGGACCUGCCCAGCGCCACCAUCGCCUGCCACCUGGACCCGCGCGUGUUCGUGGACGGCCUGUGCCGGGCCAAAUUUGAAUCCCUCUUUAGGACAUAUGACAAAGAUAUCACCUUUCAGUAUUUUAAGAGCUUCAAACGAGUCAGAAUAAACUUCAGCAACCCAUUAUCUGCAGCAGAUGCCAGACUCCAGCUACAUAAGACUGAAUUUCUUGGAAAGGAAAUGAAAUUAUAUUUUGCUCAGACUUUACACAUAGGAAGUUCACACCUGGCUCCACCAAACCCAGACAAGCAGUUUCUGAUCUCUCCUCCUGCCUCGCCGCCGGUCGGUUGGAAACAAGUGGAAGACGCUACUCCCGUCAUAAAUUAUGACCUUUUAUAUGCUAUCUCCAAGCUGGGGCCAGGGGAAAAGUAUGAAUUGCAUGCAGCGACCGACACCACUCCCAGCGUGGUGGUCCACGUGUGUGAGAGUGACCAGGAGAACGAGGAGGAAGACGAGGUGGAAAGAAUGAAGAGACCCAAACCCAAAAUUAUCCAGACCAGGAGGCCGGAGUACUCGCCCGUCCACUUAAGCUGAACUGGCACCCGGACGAAGAAGUGUUCUGAAUCAUACUCACGAGAAGGAAUCUUUUAUUGUGGAAGUGGCCGGUCACAACUUUGGAGGUGGCAGCCUGUGAUUGCUGUGGCAGAAAUUCCGUGUUGCUCAGAAGAGAAUCGAGGCUUUGUCUUCUGGUUCUAACGACGCUGCGCAUCAGUCAAUGCUCCUGGCUCCUGGGAAUGUCCUGAGCCAAUCACUGAGUGUGGGGUGAUCGCACAAGGACUUCUGGGAACGUCUCGAGAAAACCAAUAACGAUAGUGUUUUGUACUUGUUCUUUUCUGGUAGGUUCCGUUUUUGCCAGGGGUAGGUUGAUCAGUGGGUCCAGGGAGAGCCUUCUGUUUCUAACCAGCCUACAAGGUAGACUCUCUGUCCCAGUAGGAAAAGGCACCACGUGAAGCCAUAAGGUGUCUGGUGCAGAAAGGUUGUGAAGACAACAGUGCAAUGUGGAAACUGUAGUGUCUCAUUUUUCCCCCUCACGUUCUAAUGUUUGUGCAUGUGUAUUACUGAUUUUCAGAACUAAUCUUUGGUCGUAUAUAGAGUUACGCCAUUGUUGUUUUCCAUCUUUGGGGAAGAUAGGAAAGCAUUUGCAAAAUCUGUCACCUUUCCAGAUUCAAUGACUGUCUUUGCAACAGCACACAUGGUGGGGGAUUCUACCGGUAAUACACCCACUCAGCAUCCUAUUUGAUGCAACCUAGAACUUGUGCUUUUGCAAAACAAGUCGAUCUGAAAUUCCUAUGUAGCGUUUCGCUUAUAAAACUCAGAAAAUAGCAGUUUCACUGCCAACUUUUAGUGGGUGAGAAAUUUUAGUUUAGAUGUUUUAGAUCAGACAAUAAAUGGGUUUCAUUUAUUUCUUUUAUGUGGUGGUUUAUAUACAUCAAUCAUAGCCAAAACCCUUUUUUGGGGGAACUGUCAGUUGAGAUCAUUGAUUUUUUUUUUUUUAACCCCACUGAAACAUCAAGAUAAACUUGUAAAUAAAGCUGAUAGCAUAUAUUCAUACCUGUUGUGCCCUUGGGUGAGAAAUACGGCCGUGGAAGACUAGUGUAAGAUGUAUUAACCUCCCUGUGAAUUGUAUGUUAUAGAAAACGCCUUUCAACCAUUUGACAGGACCUGAAUUCAAAGCAUGUGAAGUGGACAGUAGAUGUGUGGUGGUAUGAGAAAGAUGCAGUGCCUUUCCCCAUUCGUUCCUGACGGAAUUGUCACACUAGGUUAAAUGUUUGUAAUUUUUUUCUAGUUGUCAUGUGUGCGUCUGGUCAAUAGGUAUUCUAUUUUGGCCUUACAAUACCAUAACAAGGUUUGUCCUUUUGAGAUACCUAAUGCCAAGUAACAAUGCAUGCUUUGGAAAUGUGGAAGAUGGUUUUCUUUAAGAAGCAAAGGUAUGGGGCUGUCCAUAUCAAGACAUUGACUGAAUGUUCUCAAAACCCUGUUUACAGUACUUGGUGGGGGGUCGGGGCAGAUGAGGGAGAGACCAUUGCAUAGCUGUUCAAGUGUCCCUAGUUAAGUGCUUUUAAACUGGAGGGGCUAACCUCAAGAUAUUUUUUUUAACUGCAUUCUAUAAUAAAUCGACACAAUAUGCUCUUUACGGAAAAGUUA